AUGUCAUCCAGGCACUUCAUCAACGACCCCACGCACCUCGUGGCCACGGCGCUGCGUAGCCUCACCUUCACGAACCCGCACGUCGCCUUCGACGCCGAGCACAAGAUUGUGUACCGCCGCGCCUCUUCCUACGCCGCGCCGCCGCAAGUAGCCCUCGUUGCAGGCGGCGGCUCCGGCCAUGAGCCCUCGUUUGCCGGCAUGGUGGGGCCGGGCAUGCUAUCCGCCGCCGUCGCGGGCACGCUCUUUGCGAGCCCGUCGGCGGAGCAGGUGCGGCGGGCGCUGGCGUCGCGCGUCGACUCGGCGCGGGGCGUGGUGGUGGUGGUCAUGAACUACACGGGCGACGUGCUCAACUUUGGCGUGGCGGUGGAAAAGGCGCGCGCGGCGGGCAUCCCCGCGGAAAUGGUCGUUGUCGGCGACGAUGUCGGCGUGGGGCGGGCGCAGGCGGGCAAAGUAGGGCGGCGCGGCAUCGCGGGGACGGUGCUGGUGCUCAAGAUUGCGGGCGCGCUGGCGGCGAGGGGCGCGAAGCUGGAGGACGUGGCCAAGGUGGCGAGGCUGGCGGCGGAGAAUAUCGUCAGCGUCGGGGCCAGUCUGGAGCACGUCCACGUGCCGGGGCGCCGCGCAGAGGAGAAGGAGGAGGAAGAGGAGGGAGCGGCUGCAGGAGCGUCGGGUCUGGCUCUUGGAGAGGUUGAGAUUGGCAUGGGUAUUCACAACGAGCCCGGGUGCGAAAAGGCGCGGCUCGCGCUGCCGCAGCUCGUGGCCAGGAUGCUCGCGCAGCUGCUCGACGGCAGCGACAAGGACCGCGCGUUCCUGACGGUAAAUUCGAACGAGGUGGUGCUGCUCAUCAACAACCUCGGCGGCGUGAGCGUGCUCGAGAUGGGCGGCAUCACGGCCGAGGUCGUGGCGCAGCUGCGCGCCGCGUACGGCAUCCGCCCCGUGCGCGUCAUUGCGGGCACGUUCAUGACGAGCCUCAACGGCAUGGGCUUUAGCGUCUCGCUGCUCAACGUGGUCAACACGAGCAUCGAGGGCGCGGCGCCCAACAUGGUCGAGCUGCUGGACGCGCCGAGCGAGGUCACGGGCUGGUCGGCCCCGAUUCAAAAGACGACGUGGGAGGCGGCGGCCGGGCGCGGCGGCGAGGAGACGGAAAGGGAAGAGGAGACGGCGAAGGAGCAGGCGCAGGAUGUGAAGCUCAGUGGGUUGAAGCAUGACCCGUCGGUAGCCAAGAAGGCGCUUACGGCGGCGCUCAAGAAUGUCAUUGCUGCGGAGCCGGAUGUGACGAGAUAUGAUACCGUCGUUGGAGACGGUGACUGCGGUAUCGGUCUGAAGCGAGGCGCCGAGGCCAUUCUGAAACACCUUGAUCAGCACCCUUUUACGGGCGACCUCGUCGUCGACGUUGCCAGCAUCGUCCCCGUCGUGGAAAACACCAUGGACGGCACCUCGGGCGCGCUCUACGCCAUCUUCCUCAACGCCCUCGUCUACGCGCUGCGCACGCGCUCGCCCGGCGAGGCCUCGCCGCAGCUCUGGGCCGCCGCGCUGCAGCAGAGCGUCGACGCGCUGUCGCAGUACACGCCGGCCCGGCCCGGUGACCGCACGCUCAUCGACGCGCUGUCCCCGUUUGUCGAGACGCUGGCGCGCUCGGGCGACGUCGGGCAGGCCGCGCGGGCAUCGCGCGCGGCGGCCGACGCGACAAAGGGCAUGAAGGCGAGCCUGGGCCGCUCCGUGUACGUGGGCGGCAGCGGCUACGAGGAGGUGCCGGAUCCAGGCGCCUGGGGUCUGGCGUGCUUCUUCCAGGGUCUGGCGGGCAACUAG